CCAUCGCUCACCUUCGAGCAAGCCACCAAAGCGUUGUCGUCAACCAGGUAUCAUCUCCUACCUUCAGCUUCCCUCCUUCCAGCAAUCCGAACCUCACCAUGCCACCAAAGCGAACCAGCAAACCACCAAAGCCGAGGACAGCGCAACCAGCACCCGACUCAGUCCCCGCAUUGAGACUCCGACUCCGAAUCACACGUCUCCUAGCCAAGCAGCGCAACUACCUUUCCCGCAAAGAUCUUUACGUUUCCCGCCUCAACGCGACGAUAACUGAGUUCCAUGCCGUUUGGCAUGACAAGCUGAAAGGACAGGAUAUAAUGGGACAGUUGGGCACCGUUCUUCCUCUUCAUGACUACGACCCAGGCCUCACCACCAACCUUACGGCGGAGAAUAUCGAUGCGCAAGAAGCACUAGUAGCCGCUGCCGAAAGCUGGUUGACUCAUGCAAGGAAACAUCUCGCUGUCGCGGAGAAGCUGGCGGAUGCAACGGUCAAUGGGAACAAGAAGCAGUACUUGGAGGCUAUCGAGGGGAUGGACGAGAUUCUUGCAACUCAUCCAGAGGUUAGUUAUUGCAAGGAGGACAUCAUUGCGGACUGGGAAAAGAAGGCAAAGGAUGCUGGGAUGUUUAUUGAGGGCGAGUAGGAGCAGUUUAGGUUCUUGGGCUCAGUGUUGCGAGGAGUUUAUGGUUGGG